GGGAAGUUUCCAACUUGGUCUCCUGCCAUAAGUCCCUGGAAUGCAACUUGCUUUGCAGUACUAAAUCUUUGUUCAGCCUUUUCCAAUAUCCCAGUCCACCCAGAUUCCCAGGACCUCUUUGCUUUCCCCUGGAAAAAGACUCAAUAGACAUGGACCCGACUACCACAGUAAAAAUGCAAUAUUAGUGAACGUAAAUAAAGCAAUAUUAGUAGUUUAACCUAGUUUACACAUAAAAGAGGUUGAGACUCAGAGGAGGUGAAUGAUUCUCCAAGAUCACAAAGGUGACAACAGGGAAAAAUCACUAAUUCCUGAAUCCAAGUCUAAUCUUCUACCCAAGAUGGUGUAAACCAAAAGAGGAAAAGGAUAGAAUCUUAUUUCAAGCAGGUCUAGUACCCCUGUUCUCUAAACUGAAUGCUCAAGUAGACUUGGAGGGCCUCGGGGUUGCUGCAGACUGGAAGUGUUAAUUGGCCUCGGGCGAGAGCACAAAAGCCAAGAGAAUUCAAAUCAAGGAAUUCACGCCUUUUCUAGGUGUAAAUAAAGGGGUGGGGUACUUCCUAUAAAAGGGCGGAUAAUCAGCUCACAUUUUCUUUGGGGGACUGGACGUCCACACAUCAUAGCUGCUGAAGGAACGAAGUUGUAGAGGAAAGUAGGCGGUUUACAAGGGCAGCUAUGCCCGUGGGAUCCAGAGCCCGCGCCAUGCUGCGGCGCACGGUGAUCAAGGCGGCGUGGCUGAAGCUACCCAGGUGGUUCCGGGCCGCCUGCCCGAAGGAGGAGGAGGAGGUCCGGCCAGACGAGGGCAGCGCCCGCGCCAAGCCCACCGCGACUUACAAGGGGCUGGACUUGGUGUGGACCCCCGGCCCCAGCCCCGGCCUCAGCCCCGGCCUGGAAGCCCAGAAGCCGGAGAGUUUGGGCCUUGUUGCUUCUCCCGGGGAUAAGCAGGGUAAUGUCCCACCCUGGAAUACCACCAGUAAGCAGGCUGCCUUCACAAUUCGCCCUCACGAACCAGUUGAGGAGAAUGGAAAGAAACUUCCCGUUCCUAUAGAAAAGCAGUCUGAGGACAAUGUGCUGCUGCGUUUCAAUUCAGCUGUUUCGCUGUCAGAGACAAGACAACCUUUGGUGAGCCCUGAUUAUCAGGAUGGUAGUUUUGAAGCCUCCCUUACUAUGGACAUGCCUGUGCUACUGGAACCAGAAGAAAAGUCACGAAAUAUCAAUGAGGUCCCUGACUACCACGAAGACAUCUAUCGGUCCCUUAGGGAAAAGGAGGUUCAGUAUAAGCCUAAAGCGGGUUACAUGGAGAAGCAGCCAGACAUAACCAAGAGCAUGCGGGCUACUUUGGUGGACUGGCUGGUGAUGGCGGGGGAGGAAUACAAGCUCCAGAACGAGACCGUGCACUUGGCUGUGGACUACACCAAUCGAUUCCUCUCCUCGUCAGCGCUCCAGGGGCAGCUUCAGCUGGUCGGGAUUGCUGCCCUGCGCCUCGCCUCCAAGUUUGAGGAACGCCACCCACCACCAGUAGCUGAGCUUCUGUGCCUCACAGAUAACGUGUACACUCGGAAGGAGGUGUUAAGCAUGGAGCAGCUGUUACUGAGAGUGCUUGAUUUUGACCUGGCAGCACCAACGAUCAACCAGUUUCUCACUCAGUAUUUCCUACAUCAGCAGCAGGCCAAUUCUAAAGUGGAGAGUUUGGCGAUGUUUCUGGGAGACUUGAGUUUAACUGAUGCCGACCCAUACCUGAAAUAUUUACCAUCAAUUAUCGCGGGAGCUGCCUUUCAUCUAGCACUCUACACAGUCACUGGGAAAAGCUGGCCAGAGUCUUUAAUCCAAAAAACGGGAUACACCUUGGAAAGUCUUAAGCCAUGUCUAAUGGACCUCCACCAGACCUUCCUUACAGCAUCACAGCAAGCCUUGCAGUCUAUACAAGAAAAAUACAAGACGGCAAAGUACCAGGAUGUAUCCCUCAUCAACCCGCCAGAGACACUAAACUUAUAGUGAGGGAGAGACACAGAGCUUUACCGGCAAAGAAGCCUUGUUGUACUGAUUUUAUUAUGGUCCCAGGUGUCUUCACAAAGAAUCACUUCACAAAGCGCAAGCUGUGAUCGAUUACAGAUUAUAAAGUACCUUCUAAAUUUUUUUUAUGAUUUUAAAUGUAAUUUUUUUGUAUGUGCAACUGUCCUGUGUGUUUAGCUGCAGACAUAAGUGGUUUUGUUUAUGCAUUGUGUGUAUUAACCAAGCCCACUCCUUAGGAGAAGGAUUCAUUUGGUGAGCUCUACGGUUGACUCUGGCUAACAAGUGAAAACUGAGAUCAGAACCUGGCUCAACUCACUGGAAUGUUUGAAAAUAACAGUAUGGUGUAAGAGAACCCAGUAGAGGGUUUUCCAGGAUAAAAAAGUUUAGAAUGUUGGCUGCUCUUCCUCUCUUUCUCUCAUGUCUGUUUUCCUUUUUUUUACUUCUCUUAAUCCUCCCUCACCCGUG